AUGUCACUCCCCUACGCAGCCGACGCAGAGACGCCUCUCACAAGCGCAGAGCUCUCUGUCCUCGAGUCGCAAUACCAAAAGGAGCUGGCAUCGGGGCAUGCCUCUACCCAGUCGAGAUUCAAUUUGGCUUGGGGACUGGUUAAGUCGAGGAAUAGGGAUGAGAUGGCUAGGGGUAUUGGGUUAUUGACUGAGAUCUACCGCUCAGACCCGCCACGAAGAAGGGAGUGCCUCUACUACCUGUCAUUGGGCCACUUCAAGAUGGGCAACUUCGAUGAGGCUCGACGCUUCAAUGCCCUCCUCAUCGAGCGCGAACCCAACAACCUUCAAGCGCAGUCGCUUCAGGAGCUCAUUGAGAAGGGUGUGGCAAGGGAAGGCUACAUCGGUAUGGCGCUUAUGGGUGGAGCGGCUGCUUUGGGUGGCGUGGUACUUGCUGGACUGCUGAGGAGGAGACGAUAGUCGGAGGUGGCGAGGCGAGGCGAGAGGGAGCAGGAGGAGGCCUUGUAUUAUAGCAGACGACAAUGGCGAUGACGAAUGGGACGCUGGAGGGUAUAUAUCAAUGAUCCAAAUGAGCAAAUAUCCACACCUACUCAAGCCACUGGCC